AACUAGCUGAUUGACGUUGUUUGUUGAUAACGCAAGCGUUGCCAUCGCCAGACACCAAAGGUGCGCGGCGAGAAGACGUAAUAGCACUACAAAGUUGGUGGCAUACGUACAUAAGAUAAAUACAAUACCAGGUAUGAGUCGUCAUGGGUACGUAUUUUUAGCUAUCCUAAACAUCUUAACCUUCCUCCAUAUAAUCACCUGCCAAGGAGAUGAGAUGGAGUGGCGUCACGAAGCCCAGGAAGUGGCGCAGGAAGCACUAGCCCAGAAGUAUCCGCAGCUGAUCACCUCAGAAUCUGAUAUGGAACUAUUCCGUUAUAGCACACCUAGUGUUUUGCAGCGUUCUGCUCAUGCAUUCACAUACAUCGUCACGCCAAAGGGUCAGCCUUCAAACACGUACCGGUGUGACGUAAUCAUUAGUCGAUACAAAGGUCAACGCUACUCGUUCGUGUUCGGGGAGCCCAGCUGUUUCAAGGUGGAAUGCACCAACGAGACCGUUGCCAAUAAAAAAAAAAAGCAAAAAUUUUGCCGAAAAGUUUGAAAGACGCAAAU